AUGAAGCUGAGUAUGGACAUGGAUAAACCUGACGAUCCUGUGAAGCUGGAUGAAGUGGCCAUACAAAUUUCGCAGAGCUGCAGAGAAGCAGCCAAAUCGGAGAAGCAUACGCCAGAGGAGCACCCUGCCGCAUCUGAGAAGCAUCCGCAAGAGGAGCACCCGGCCGCAUCUGAGAAGCAUCCGCAAGAGGAGCACCCGGCCUCAUCUGAGAAGCAUCCGCCAGAGGAGCACCCUGCCGUAGAGCGCACGCCAGAGGAGCACCCUGUCCACACAGCACACGUCGGGGAAGUAGCCUCUUUGGCCGCAUCUGAGAAGCAUCCGCCAGAGGAGCACCCUGCCGCAGAGCAUCCGCCAGAGGAGCGCCCUGCCGCAGAGCGCACGCCAGAGGAGCACCCUGUCCACACAGCACACGUCGGGGAAGUAGCCUCUUUGGCCGCAUCUGAGAAGCAUCCGCCAGAGGAGCUCCCUGCCGCAGAGAAUCCGCCAGAGGAGCACCCUGCCGCAGAGCGCACGCCAGAGGAGCACCCUGUCCACACAGCACACAGCUGCAGAGAAGCAGCCAAAUCGGAGAAGCAUACGCCAGAGGAGCACCCUGCCGCAUCUGAGAAGCAUCCGCAAGAGGAGCACCCGGCCGCAUCUGAGAAGCAUCCGCAAGAGGAGCACCCGGCCUCAUCUGAGAAGCAUCCGCCAGAGGAGCACCCUGCCGCAGAGCGCACGCCAGAGGAGCACCCUGCCGCAGAGCGCACGCCAGAGGAGCACCCUGUCCACACAGCACACGUCGGGGAAGUAGCCUCUUUGGCCGCAUCUGAGAAGCAUCCGCCAGAGGAGCACCCUGCCGCAGAGCAUCCGCCAGAGGAGCGCCCUGCCGCAGAGCGCACGCCAGAGGAGCACCCUGUCCACACAGCACACGUCGGGGAAGUAGCCUCUUUGGCCGCAUCUGAGAAGCAUCCGCCAGAGGAGCACCCUGCCGCAGAGAAUCCGCCAGAGGAGCACCCUGCCGCAGAGCGCACGCCAGAGGAGCACCCUGUCCACACAGCACACGUCGGAAAAGUAGCCUCUUUGGCCGCAUCUGAGAAGCAUCCGCCAGAGGAGCACCCUGCCGCAGAGCGCACGCCAGAGGAGCGCGCACCGGAGUAG